CGCAAAAGCAGGAGCGCAGUUGUGAUGGAGGGAAGAAGAGUCGAGAGAGCGCUGCGGAGCUAUCUGGAUAACCGUGCGAGUCUCUCCUUUAACCUGGACACCAAAUCUGACCGCGUACUGGCUCUGCAGCACGGCUACGUCACUGGAAACCGGAGAGAAGGCGUGGCUCGGCGGCAAGGACUCGACGACGACUGGGAGGCUGUUUUGCAGGCGGCACGUGCGAGGGACGGGCAGCGGCUGGCAAGGGUGGAGAAGCUCUCAGAGGGAUCCAGACGAUCCAGGGAGGAAGGUCUCCUCAGAGCUCACAGGGAGGUGUGGAUGAGAGAGUGGAACAAACUCCAAUUGGAGAGAGGACAGGUGCAAAAGGAGCUGGAGGAGUGGAGAGUGUGUGUGGGCUCUGAGGAACACAGUUUUUGGCUGGAAUUCCUCUCAGAGGCAGCUGCCGUGGAAUCCCAGCUGUGUGAGGAGAGAGAAGACUUCACGAGGGAGAGAGUUCGGCCAUUACUGAGAGCCAGGGGGAGACUCAGAGGCAGUUUGGGGAGAGGAGAGAGGGAGAAGGAGGGGGUGAAGAGGGAGGGAGAGAAAGCUGUUCUCAAACUGGAGGAAGAGAUUCACAGACUAUGGGGAGAGAUUGCGACGGUGGGUGUGGAGAAAGAGGGAGAGAUGAAGGAUGCCUUGCAGGGCAUCCCCCUGGAAUUGGCAGAGGAGAGAGAGGCGCCAAACUAUGGGUCUGCACUGAGAGAGUUGCAGCUGCUUGACAAUCACUACACUUUGACCCUGGAGACCCUCCAUCAUCGUUACCAGGGGGUUGCCGGGCGGGGCAGCUGUUGCCAGGGAGUUGCCGGGCAGAGCAACAAUGGGUGGAGCUUCACAGACGACGAGAGGUUUCGUCACGUCGUCGGGCAGUACCCCUCGUUGCUAAGGAAGAGGAGGACCCUGUUAAUUGACCGACUAAUGAGAGAAUUUCCUAACCUCACAAGACCAGAGAUUAUGACACACGAGUCGUGGUAUAAUGCUUCGACGCACUAUCAGAGACAAGUGGCUAGCGUCAAGAAAUCUUGGCUGCGAAAUAGAACUGAGCUGGUGGGUAGGCUAGUGGAAAUGUUGAGAAGACAGAAAGAGGUUCUUGAGGCGGAGGCGAUAUCGUCAGCUGCGAAGGUUGAGCAACGGAGGAAAGCAGAGGAAUUGUACGAGAGAGUGUGUGAGUGGAGGAAGGAGAGAGAGGAGGCUGUGAGGAGGGAGGAGAGGGAGAGGGAGAGGGAGAGAAGGAAGGAGGAGGAGGAGAGGGAGAGGGAGGAACGGAAGAUAGCUGAACACAGAGCGAAACUAAAGGCAAAAGUGAGGAAUGUUUUACAAAAGUCACGUAUGUAUGCAUGCACAGUGACUUGGCAUGUUGUGGAGUGUGUUCUAGUAAAGUGUCCUGAUUAGAGGGUGUCCUAAUUAGGGAGGUGUCCUGAUUAGAGAGGUAUCCUGAUUAGAGAGGUGUCCUGAAUUCAGGUUGAGGUGUUCCACGGUCUGAAGAAGGAAGCAGCAGAGAGAGAAAGUGUAGACGGGGAGAAGAGGAGGGAGGAGAGGGAGGGGGAGAAGAUGGAGGAGAGGAGGAGAGGGAGAGAGAGGGUAAGUCGCAGAGAGCAGCUCCUGCGAGAGAGACAGGAGAGGGAGGAGGAGGCUCGAGGGAGGGCCUUGGCUGCAGUCAGAGAGCGAGAAGAAAGGCUCGAUAGACUGAGACAGACGGUGGAAGUGAAAGCAGCAUGCAAUCCCCAGAGGAUUUUGCAACCCACCAAGGCUUCUGAAAGUAGGGUCUUGGUUGAUUCCCAACCCCAACUCCACGCCCAGCAUCCACUGUUUACUCUCCACGGUUACCGUGACAAUGUGGUGACCUCUGACCCCAGGUUCAAGGUGGCAGCUGCCCUGAGAAAGGCAGGACUUCUGGGGUCAAAGUACGCCAGACACGCCCUGUCAUUAGUCC